AUGGCACUGAGUGAAAUAUUUCGAAAAGAUCGUAAGACUGAACCUAUGUCAGUCUUUUUGCUACGACUUAUCGUAGCAACACUACUUUUAAUUAUCUUACUUGGAUACUCCUUAUUUUUAAUUUUGGAUAUUUAUAAUGAUCAUCCCGCAAUUCAAAGCUCUUUUACUGAAGAAAAUUCGUUGCCUGUUCCAGUGUUAAUGUUUUUAAACAUUCCUGUUAAAUCACAUAUAGAAUGUUAUUUCACAUAUGCUGUUAAUAGUACCCGUGAAAAUAAUAAGGCGUGCACUCAAUAUGUAAGACAGCCUGUAUUGAACAACACCUCUAAUUAUAACGGUUACUUUCAAACUAGUGGAGAUUUAUUCUUUUCAACAAGUUCUAAUGAAAGCCUAAAAAAUAUUGGAAUUACGAUCUAUAUUGAUGAUGCUAAAUAUAAUGCGAGUGACCCAUCAAUGUCUGUAAAUAUGCUUGCAAUUGAUUCAGAACUUUAUAAUACUUAUGGCUCUAAAUUACUUGAAAAUCCAAAUUCGUUUUUUUUGGAUUCAAUAGUUAAAAUAAACACAUAUGAAUUAUCACCAAAUCAAUCCUACAAUGUUCAAAUUACAAGAAGUAUAAAACAACUUAUGUCACAAAGCUGGAAAAAUUAUUUCGGAUUUGCACCUGAACUAGAAAGAAUACCUUAUAUUACUUCCACGAUUGAAUCUACUCUUAUUUCAAAUACCACGGGGACUCAAACAUUAUUUUCCACGAUAAAUUUCGAACCACAAUCGUUUAUAGUCCAAGUUGAUACAGAUCAAAGGCUUAAAAAUGUUUUGAAUUCUCUCGGAUUAUUUGGCGGCGCCUUUGGACUAAUUACAAGUUUUUAUACACUACUUUUUGGUACCGGUGUUAUUAAGCCAUGGGGUUUUGUUCAAAGACAUCUUUUCAAAGUUAACAAAAUUGUGCAAAAUAAAUUGGUAAAUACUCUAGAAUCAAUGCCAUUUAUUAGUCAUUUAACUCAUGAUGCAGAUAAUUUUAAAGAUGAUCUAUCAGUUGAAAAACUUGAAAAAAGAUUAGAUUUGUUACAAUUAUUUUUAAGAGAUUAUGUAGUAAACGUGCAAUAUUUAGAAAAAAUUCAACAAUCCGAACAAUGA